GUUAUUGAACUGAGCUGAGACGCCAUUAGUGGGUGUCAGAUCUCUGAUGAAUAAACACGGAAAUACUUGGAAGAUUUUAGGAAGAAGCAGCUGAAACUUUUGGUGAGUUUGGCUGUUGAAAUAAUUCAAUCCAAAAUGACUGAGAAAAUCGCUCUUUUUGAAAGUUACCUGAGCUGCCAUGUGUGUUCAGAGACUUUCAGAGAUCCUGUGUCUCUGAGCUGCAACCACAGCUUCUGUUCAAGCUGCCUGCAGAAAUUCUGGGAACAAGCAGGAAACAAGAACUGUCCCAUCUGUAAAAGACCGUCAAAAGAAAAUCCAUCCAUCAACUUCUCCCUUAAAGAACGUGCUGGUUUGUUUUCUAGGAGGCAGAAUGAAGCUCCAUCUGAGCUGAAGAAAGAGAAUAAGGUGGUGUGUGAGAAACACUCAGAGGUUCCUUACUGGUUCUGUGAAGACGAGCAGAGAGCUGUGUGUCCUGUCUGUGAGUUUUCUCUCCACCAGAGUCACAAAGUGGUUCCUAUAGAACAAGCAGUCAGUGAGCUGAAGGAGCAGCUGAGAUCUGACUUAAAGUCUCUGCAGGACAAGAGGAACAAACACAAACAGGUGGAGAAAACAUACGAGGAUGUGAUUCAACACUCCAAGAAGCAGCUGUUGUCCACAGAGAGACAGAUCAGAGCAGAGUUCAACAAGCUCCACCAGUUCCUGAAAGAGGAAGAGGAGUCCAGACUGGCAGCACUGAGGGAGGAAGAGGAGCAGAAGAGGAAGACUAUUAGCAGAGAGAUGAAGAGGAUCCAGGAGCAGAUCUCCUCUCUGUCAGACAGCAUCUCUGCUGUUGAAGCAGACCUGCAGAAAGACAACGUGUCGUUCCUCAGCAGUUAUAAAGCCACUCAGAGCAGAGCCAGAGGUCAGAGGUCACUGUCAGAUCCACAGCUGGUCUCAGGAGCUCUGAUAGAUGUGGCCAAACACCUGGGCAACCUGUCCUUCAGAGUCUGGGAGAAGAUGAAGGAGAAGGUCCACUUCAGUCCUGUCAUUCUGGACCCAAACACUGCAGGUGGAUGGCUCUACCUGUCUGAUGAUCUGACCAGUGUGAGACGUGGAGACACAAAGCAGCAGCUUCCUGAUAAUCCAGAGAGAAACACCAAGUAUAGCAAUGUUUUUGGUUCUGAGGGCUUCAGCUCAGGAAAACACAGCUGGGAGGUGGAGGUGGGAGACCAUCCUGUCUGGCUCAUUGGUUAUGUUAAAGAGUCAGUUGACAGGAAGGGAGAGGCAUAUGCUUCACCAGAAGAUGGAAUCUGGUGUUUAGCUCAUCAAGAUGAAAAAUACACUAAUGGUGAUGGUCAAACUCUCACAGUAAAUAAGAAUCUCCAGAAGAUCAGAGUCCAGCUGGACUAUGACAGGGGGGAGGUGUCCUUCUACAACCCUGAAGACAUGUUUCACAUCUGCACUCUCAGAGACACUUUCACUGAGAAACUCUUCCCUUAUUUCAAUGUUGGAAAAGCUGCUGAUGCCAAAACUUCUGAUCUCAAAGUCUGUCAAACAGAGAUUUCUUUUUAAACUUGUGUUUUUGAGUUCUCUGAAAUAUUGAAUAUUUUUUGAUUGGUGUUUCUAUUUGCAGUCAGACUUCAUAAGAAAAUAUUUUAUUAACGUAUUUUAUCAUCUUUAAAGUUUUAUUUUUUUAAUUUGAAACCAACAACAGGAAUCAAAAUCAAAACAUAUUGAUAUAAUUUUCAAAGUCAUUUUAUUUGUGAAACCAGUAUAAAAAUAUUCCUCUAUGAAGUUUAUUUUUUAAAUUUUGUGUUUUUUGCAAUCUCUCGCACCAGCAUUGGACAUUUCUAUAUAUUCUAACUAGUGUGAACUGGGAUGAAUUUUGUUUAGUUUUUUUCUAACUCUGUAUUGUAAAAAAAAAAACGUUUAACACAAGUUCAAAAAUGACACAAUGAUCUCAGCUUUCUUAACUGGGUUACCUUGUUUUUAAUAAUUUUAAUGAUUCAGUUUAGCAGGAAACCUCUAAAAAUAAACACUGUUUUCUCCUCACUGAUUAUUUGUUUUCUUUUCCUCCAUGUAAAAGUUAUUUCCAUUCAAACUGCUGCUGAAUAUCUUUGUUAUAUUAAAAAAAAGAA